AUGAAGUCUUCUUCAGUUAUCCUUCCUGAAAGUGGGCAAAAGGUGUACCGACUGAACCUGUUCUUUAAUACGGAGUUCGAGAGCUUCAACGAUGAUUCCUUCCACGACUCGGAGUAUUCGGAGAGUAUGGCUUCAGGUGUUACUGGACCUCGCUCAGUACGCCGCCAUUGGCGCAGGAGACUUCGGAGACUCCGAUCAAAAAUGGCUCGUCUCUAUAGAAGCGAGAUGUUCAGAAAUAUCCUCAAAUGCUCGAUAGCAUACCUUGUUGCAUCCAUGGGUGUCUACUGGACUCCAUUUGACAAUUUCUUGGGAGUUACAGACUCAAAGCAUGUUGUAGCGACAACUGCGGUAUACUUCCAUCCGGCCAGAACGAAAGGCUCCAUGCACCAGCUGAUCAUGUUCGUGAUCAUAUCAUUGCUGUUCAGUUUUCUCGUCUCGUUAUUUUGCCGCUCUAUAUCCACCUUUUUCUUCAACAAUGGCGAGAACGAAAUCAGUUUCGGAAUCGAUCUUGUUAUCAGUUCCAUUGGCCUUGGCUUUAUCGCUUUCAUGAAGCAAAAGGUCAACAAACAGACGUUUAACACUGCAUGCUCAUUGGCAUCUAUUUCACUCAUCACUUGCAUAAUCAAGGAAGGUUCCUUGAACUCGUCCGUCAUUCCCAUGAGAAGAUUACUUUCGACCUCACAGGUUGUAUUCGUCGGCUCCUGUGUCUCGGUUGCAACAUGUUACCUUCUAUGGCCAAAAAGUGCUGUUUCACUGCUAAGAAAGUCACUCAAUGACUGUUUUAACAUCAUGUCGCUGUUGGUAUCCAUCACGACACAUCGCUUUCUCAAUGGAGAAACCCUCACCAAAAAGGAUUCUGAAAUCUUUGCUCUACUUAUGAAAGUUUGCAAUGACCUCAGAGGCAGUUUGGAGGAAGCUGGCUAUGAACUUCGAUUGGUGGGCAAGGAAGCUGAACUUUCGAGUUAUACAGAAAUUGUUGAGGCUACGAUAUCUCUUCUGAGACACUUGCAGGCCUUGAGCGCUUUUUCAAAUUCAGAUCUGUUGGGCCAUGAAGCGGACCAAACCGCAAUGUACCCCAAUCAACUUUUUGAUUUGUUCGUAUACUACUUGGCUCCAUCGAUCAAGCUGUUCGUGUUCACCGUCAAGGAGGUUUUGGGCGCUGUGCCCUUCGAGCACAAAUACGUUAGAGACAAGGAUCAAGAUAUUUUCGUCAAAUCUUCCAAUUACCAAAAAUCACUUGUGAAAGCUCUUGAACUAUUUCAAAGCAAGCAAGCACAUUCUUUCCGCAAAAUUUACUCUCAGGAGAUAUUCAAGCCAGAUAAUCUAAUGUUUAAAACAGACCAAGAGGAAGUUACCGCGUGUUGUGGUAAUUUUGCCUCUUUAUUGGCACUUUAUGGUGAGGAGCUCAUUCGGUUUUUGCAAUUGACGGAGCAUUUUGAAGUCGUUGCUAAAUCAUCACCACGCAGUUGGUCUUUCUUGAAGGUUUGGAAAACGAAACAAGAAGAUGACAAAGAUAAGCAGACAACUUACGAGACUGAUUUCGUGGAAGCACUUCGUGAAUUUAAAGCUCAGUUUAGUACAGCUACCAAUAGACAGGCUACGGAAAGUACGGGCCUUAUCUCAGGCAAGACGAAGUUUGAUAAUUUCAGAGUUCGUCUCUGGGAAUCCCUUUACUUUUUCAGAAGAAUUGAUAUCCAGUUCGGUCUACGCGUCGGCGUAGGAGCGUUUUGCAUUGGUUUAUUUGCAUUUCUCCCGCAAACAAAAGAUAUUUUUGUGACGUGGAGACUCGAAUGGGCCAUGGUUAUUUAUUGCAUUAUGAUGAGCAAGUCACUUGGUGGGACAACUAUGACAGCAAAAUGGCGUUUUGUGGGUACCUUCCUUGGAGCCUUCAUCGCAUGGGUAGUUUGGGCAUUGACAGAAGGCAAUGAGUAUGCUUUAGCUACAACCGGCUUUUUGCUCUCUCUUCCGUGCUUCUACAUCAUCAUCUAUUGGAAGAAAAACAACCCAUUUGGACGUUUUAUCCUUUUGACUUACAAUUUGACCGCACUUUACUCAUACAGCAUGACUCAAAAUGACUCGGAAGAUGAUAAUGAAGGAGGUGGGGAGCCUAUAGUUGGUGAGAUUGCAUCCCACCGAUUCAUAGCAGUGUCAAUAGGUAUCGCUUGGGCAUUGUUUGUGGCGACAUGCUUUCUUCCAAAUAGUGCACGCAAGCGACUCAAAUCUGGUCUCACUGUGUUAUGGCUCCGCAUGGGCGUUAUCUGGAAUAGCGAUCCUUUGGAAUACAAAAGUGCCCCUAAUGAGCCUGCUAGACUAGUGGGCCUCAAAGACUACAAAGGAACCAGCAGUCUUUUCACGGAGUGUCAGACAUUACUAAAGCAAGCCCCUCUCGAAUUGCGCUUGAAAGGUGCACUUCCCAAGGGGAUAUAUGAGGAUCUUCUAAAAAGUACUUCAAACAUUUUGGAUGCAUUUCAAAAUAUCAAGUUGAUGUUCGAAGUGGACCCCUGGUUGACUCCCAAUGAGGAGUACGUUUUGAAAUUUAUCGAAAACGAACGAGAGGAACUCGAGCAUCGUAUCUUUUUGAUAUUUUACAUGAUUGCGAGUGCCUUGGCUCUUGGGUUUCCACUUCCUUCGAAACCUGCUUCCACUGAGCAUGCUAGGAAUCGUAUGCUAUUGAAGCUUAGUGAAGUCAGGUCAAAAUCGGUUAGUGAAAGCGUGAAGCUCAAUAAUGAAGAUUACGUUUUGUUGUACUCUUACCUAUUGGUCACUUCAACUAUAACCGAAGAGCUCGACAAGAUGGUAGAGCUCAUCAAGCAAUUGCUUGGUGGGUUCUCAGAAGAAAUCUUCUAUUUAGUAUAG